AUGUCCGACUACAGCGACGCCAGCUUCAGUCAAAAGAGACGUCCCAGGGGUGAUCAGACAAGUCCUACAGCGCAACAAAAGAAAGAGGACGAGGAAAAAAAGGCCAAGGCACGGAUGGAAUUAAUGGAAAAAGAACAGAGAAAGAAAGAGAUGAGGAACGGUGGUAUCACAGGUACCACCGAGCACCUUUCCGAGAAAGUCCUGAAGCAGAAGAAGUAG